UGACGUCAUGCUACUGCCUCGGCAAUGGCAAGUGACAGAGGACAAGGAAGACGGUGCUGAAGUUUCCUGGAUUCUGCUCGUUAUUGCGGAUAAUAACGAUAAGAAAAACGUUCCCGCUACCGCCUCAGUUUUACUUUUACGGUGAUUUUUUACGACGCUGUCGUUCGAGGGGGAGCUGACCAUUUUCCGCGUGAAGCUAAAAUUCGUUUGCGGUUGUUUUUUCGAAGUUGUUAAAUACGACAGAAGUUUGUUCGGUUUUCCAGUACAAGCGUAGCGCCACCGACGAGGAGCGACCAUGUCGAACAGGGAAGACGAGUAUGACUACCUAUUUAAAGUGGUGCUGAUUGGAGACUCCGGUGUGGGAAAGAGUAACCUGCUGUCCCGCUUCACCCGCAACGAGUUCAACUUGGAAAGCAAGAGCACCAUCGGAGUGGAGUUCGCCACGCGCAGCAUCCAAGUAGAAGGGAAGACCAUCAAGGCUCAGAUCUGGGACACAGCCGGACAGGAGCGAUACCGAGCCAUCACAUCUGCGUACUAUCGCGGAGCCGUCGGAGCGCUCCUAGUCUAUGACAUCGCCAAGCACCUGACCUACGAAAACGCAGAGCGCUGGCUGAAGGAGCUGCAGGACCACGCAGACAGCAACAUCGUCAUCAUGCUGGUGGGCAACAAAAGUGACCUGCGCCACCUAAGAGCCGUCCCCACAGACGAGUCCAAGAGCUUCGCAGAGAAACACGGGCUGUCCUUCCUGGAGACAUCAGCUUUAGACUCUUCUAACGUGGAACUGGCUUUUCAGACAAUUCUCACAGCCAUCUACAACAUUGUGUCGCAGAGGCAGAUGUCUGGACAGGGCAACUCCGACUUCUCACCAGCCUCCAACGUGGUGCCCAUCACAGUUGAGCCCACCCAGAGCUCGUCCAGUAAGGGCUCCUGCUGCCAGAACAACUGAGACGCCGCCGCUGACCACCUCCUUCACUUCAGUGGAGAAACCAGCAGAUAGACAGAUGAACAGGAAAGUCAGAUCCACGCAGGAACACUUAAACUAGCUUUGUCUGUUGUCUGGUGCUGGAGGGGGGCAUUAAACAAGGGAUGUGUGAAUGGGGUGGAAAGAAACCAGGUGAGGUGCUUUAAAACGGGUCUUUACAGAGCUGCAUCAGCAGGAUUCACUGUCUAAUGCUGAACUUAACUCGCCGUCUUUUCAGACGGCCCGCGCUUUAAAAGUUGUUUUUUAGACACUUUGCUGUUUCUCACUCCUGGUCAGUAAAGACUGAAUCACAUCCUGCUAUCACCUCUGUCCUUCCUGUCUGUUCCGUUCUAGAAGCUUGGCUCCCUCACCGUAUUUAUUGAACACUAGAUUAUUCUGUUUGGCCGAAGGGUUUGGUUGAUUUUCUUUAUCUUAAAAUCCCCUUUUCCAAAGCGAACCAUCUGAUUUGUGGUCAGAUUUGCUCCAGCAGCCCGAUAGCAUCCCUCUAACAGCGACACGUGGUUUCAGAGUGCUUUUGAUCUUGGUUUGGUAGCCUCUCCUUCUCCUCACACACUUUGUGCACCACCGAUGAGUCAUGCUCCUGAAAGCUUUGCGCUGCAUUAACUGAAAGUAAGAUGGUAUGGUGGUGGUGUUGGUGGGUGGGCCAGCUGCAGUGCACGUUGGGAUGUUGGCUCUGCUCGUGCAGACUCACCUUUUACAUGAACCUUCUGUGGGAAGGAUUUGGGAACUGGUUUAAAGGCAGCCUGCUAUCUGACAUGGAUGGGGUGGAUCGCGUUUCAGUGGAUGAGAUGGUGAGGGCACUCAGCCCUGCCCAGCUCCUGUGGUCCCUGGUGUACCCUGGAUGGCUUGUUUUACUGUAAAUGAAAUCGUCCGCUGCCUGCUCUCGUACUCCUGUCUCUGGAACAGGACUCUUUCUUCUGGGAUCUCCCUGAGGUCUGCCCUCACUUUCACUUGGCUUUAUUUCCUGUCCGAGGGGUGGGGGCUUUGUUCGCCUGUUAGUGUCUAAUAGUGUAAUUGAUGAGGAAAGCUUUGGGAGGGGCUUGAUUAAAUCCAAGGUUUACGGACACAGAUGGUGUUUAUCCUGCUGAUGUUGUUUCCACAUCAACACACUUCACACGUCUUAAACGGGGGGUGUUGGACAGGACUUUUUAAACUUCUGUUCUCAUAUGUAUAUUUGGACUGCACCUGUAUAAAUAAAUUCUAUUUGUUAUAGCCGA